UAAGAAGCCGGAAGGCUCCGUGGACAACGUAAACAUACGUUGGGGGGAAAUAAUUAGCGAACGAAAGGUGUAUCAAAGGGUAAAUAACGUGAGCCACAAUGGCGGUGGCAGAGGCUGCUGUGUCAAUAGCACCAGCUGCUGAUGAGAAGCCAGAGGGAAUACAGUGGUUUUCGAUGCGGCCCAAGCGGACGCAAGCCAUGCCACAGCACACACUUUUCGGAACCAACAUGGAGAGCUUUGACAAGAACAGUCUAAGGGACACAGAGGCACGAUACAUCCCAGAGGGCUACAUUAGGCCUACCCCAAACAGAUACCCCUUACCAGAUUACCUCCAACACAAACUCACGGGUCGAGAGGCUCUGGAGUCAUCCAGACGGGACUUGCUCCGACAAAAAAAUGUCUUCUCUGAAAUUGAUAAGGAACUGCGAGCAAAAGCCCAGGGAGCGCUUUCAUUCAAGGAGUCCAAGCAGCAUCCAAGCCAAACAGCUCGUAGUGAUCGCUCCAAGCGACCGACAUGGCUGACAGAGGAGGAUCUCAAACAUUCUGAGGACAUCAACAUUGUUGGGCUUAACGCUAGAGGGAGUUACAAUAGAGAUAAAUAUGGACCAAAGCCCAGACGUCACAACUACAGCCUGAUUGGGGACGUUAUGGCUAAGAAUAUGGAGUUCAACACUCCGAGAGUAGGAAUUCAGGAUAAUGAGGAGGCAUUCAGAAGAGGAAAGGCAUGUGGCUGGGGACCUGGGCGUCAGUUGCCGUAUGAGCUUAUGGAUGAUAAAACAAAAAAGAGCAAAUCAAAGUCAAGGAGCCUUGUUGACCUACCUCCAAAUAUACGACACACAUUUGGCAGCAGAGUUUGUGACUCCCUUUUAUCAGAUAAAGAGCUAGUAGACAGGGCAAUGGAAAGACAGAAAGUUAGUUCGGGACCCCCUCGGCCGUCAAAGAAAGAAAACGUUGAGGGUUUGCCAGUUGACCUCAAGGGUAACUAUGAGAGUCUUGGCCAAGCCAUGAGGUAUAACGUGUUUCCUGGUCUGACCACUGAACACACAAUAAGUCGAACUCAAGACGAUUUCAACGAUGAAGUCCACCUGAGACGUGUACCAAAUCCAGACGAGUACAGAUAUCAGAGGGAUGAACUGAGUACAUGGUCUGAGCAUAAUGUUCUGAGAGAAAGAAUGAAGAAGGCUUGGAAUGAGACGCAUCCAAUAGGUGGCAAGAAACCAUAGCACCCCCACGUCUGCUUUUCUACCUCUGCAUUGGGCAAUCCUGAUGGAUAGAUAAAGCUCUUUGCCUCACUUUUUCUGUUUUUUUGUUUUGAAGUGUCAUGCAUUUCUUUUCCUUUAUAUUGCAUUCUUUGGCUAUGUACCAACAAUAACAUUGCUAUAUAUACUUGUUUUUGCUGUGAUAGUGUAAUUGUGCACACAGUAUGUUUUAACCUUUACUGGGAUUCGAUAUGAGUUUCUUUCCAAGCAAAACGAAACUAAUAUUGAUUAUUGGAAAAUUAUUCCCCAUAGACUCUUCUUGUUUUUAAAAAUGGGGUAAAUUAUCUACAUAAUACCUUCUACGACAAAUAUUUUCAUUGCGAAAUUCAUAGUGUAGGUAUAUUAAUAUUAUACUUAAUCAUCAUCUGACAAAAAACUUUUGUUAAGAAAGAGAGUAGCUUUAACUUCCAUUUUACAUAAUAUUAUAUUUGUGAACAAGCUAUUCAGUAAAGAGACUAAAUUGAAGAAUUACAAAUCAAUUAUGAUGUGCUUUUACUAUAAUAUUCUUACAACGUAGAACAAAUACUCAUUUUGUAGAUUCUUUUUUUUCUCUCUUUCUCAUAAUAUCUAUAAUUGCACAUAUCAGAAUUAUAUAGUUAAUUUAUAUGUAAGUAUAACCUACAACUUCAAGCAUGCUGCCAAAUUGACGUUUUUGUUACGUUGUGAAACAAAAACACAGUAUACCAAAUUGAAUGUGCCUUUUGUAUGCUCUGCUUCGUGUAGAAAUAUGUCCCUACUUUGAAAAAAAAAAUUAUUUACACAACACAUUUUUAUGUAAUAUUGUGAUAAAAAAUCUAUGUAUACUUAAUUGCUGUAUGACUUUGGAAAUUUUGGUAACUAUGACAGCAUCGUGGAUUAUGUUUUGAAGGCCUUUAGCUCAGGUUAAAACAGUCUUUUUCUUUUUAAGCUGUGCACUAUCUGGCCAUAUUAAAAAAGCAACUCACUCUGUGCAACCGGCCCGAUAAAUCAAACCAGGCAUUCUAUUGUUUUAUAAAAACAGCAAUAUCUUGAACUCCCAGAGGCAUUUUUUUAGUCCUCCAUAGUUUUCUAUAGGUGACGAUUGUCUUUUAUAGCCACGAAUGGUUCGUAAGCUUAGUUUCUACAUAGUUUUCUGUGAAUGCCGACAAUCUGGUUGAAAAGGCAAGCCUAGCUGCUAACUUGUGGGCAUCAUUUUAUUUUUGGCAUCUACAGUGAAAACUGUCUAAGACAGCCACCCAUUGUGGAGGAGACAAAUGGUGGUUUUAGACUGGUGGCCAUCUUGCACAGUGUCAUUAUAAUGUAAAAAAUGUGUGAGGCAGGAAAUGGGAAAGGGCCAAUUGUACAGGUCAUUGUGUUAUACAGGUAGCUGUAAGAGCAGGUUUGACUGUGAGAUUUUUACUCUUACUUUCAACAAACAGUGUGAAUAUAUAGGUAUAGAUUUACCGAAAUAAUCUCUUUUUUCUUUUCAAUAUUAUAUUCUGUAACAUGUGUAAAAAAAAAUUUUAAAAAGGCCUCUGUAAAUAUCUUUCAAUAUUGCUCAACCCAUGUAUUUUACUCAUCAUUGUUCAGUGAACCAUUGUUUCAUGAAGACAACCAGUACCAGAUAUUUAUGUUAGAAGUGCCUCAGGUCAUGUUACAAUAAGUUACAUGGUUGUGUUCUUUCUCUGUUUCUGUUAGAUUAUUGUCAUUUUUAUGCCUACAUUGUGUAUUAUUCUUCAGCUGUUUUCAUGUGGGAGCCUAAUUUGUUUGGUAUUAUUAACUGUUACUGAUAAACUAUUGCUUAUAGUGUUAUUGUGAGGAACAUGAUAAUUAAUGGUCAUUUAGUGAAA